GUCCUUAUCUUCCCGGAGUCAAUGCAUGAAAUUUUAGCGAUCAAGUAAGAUUGUUUCCCUUUGCUAAGAGUUGGAGAAAAAAAGACUAAAUCACAAAAUAUAGAUAUAGUUGAAAAGAUAUUACGUUCAAGUAGAGACAGAUAAAAUAUUCGUAUACAAAUUUUUUGACGUAAACAUCUUCUAAGCCAAUCAGCUAACAGAAGCUAGGAGCAAAUUCAGGUUGGAUAUUAUAAGUCAGCACGAAAAACUUGAACAAUGUCGCAAGAUCUUCUGGACAUUGAGGAUAUUGUACGAAAAUGGGCAUUGGAUUUUCCACUCGAUAAGGCUCAGAAAAAGGAUGCUGAUGAUAUACAUUCCUCAGAUAUAAACUGGCAAAAUGUUAGAAUUACCCAUGGCAAAACGGACUAUUUUGACGAAAUACAUGCGACCAAGCCAAAAUCCCACAUUUUAUUUUCUGCAUAUUUUACAAACGACACUGAUCAAUCACAAGUGUAUUCCCUGAGAACGGAGCGUAGGACACAAUCCACAUGUUCUCUGUCUCUUGAAAAGGGAUAUACCUACGGGUGCAGUGUAGACAUAAAACUUACACCACCAAAUCCCGUAAUCGAAGCAAACGCGGGAUUUCAUGGAGAACUGAGUUUAACCAAAGCAAGUGAAGAAACUUUUGAGGAGGAGCUAACUUGGUCUAUAGACAAUCAGAUUAGCGUUCCGCCAAAGUUCAAAACCAAAGCAGAGCUAGUGAUCAAGGAGGACGAUUACACAAGCCAUUUCAAAACAGAAUCGCAAUUUCGCGGGAAGGUACACGUGACACUUCGGAAUAAGAAAGACAAUUCUCCUAUUACUACAAUUACAGGAGAUGUUAAACAAAUAUUCACGAAAGAUAAGGGAUUCCGAGUAGACAAAACUGGAAUAUAUUAUGUGACUGAAGGAAGAUGCAAAUGCAGAUUUGGAAUAGAACAACAUGUGUGUCUUAAACAGGAAAAACUUAUACCAGCCGAGGCAACAGAAGACUAAGAAAAUAGUUGGCACAAGGAUAAAUAAGACUUGUGUAGUACAAUAGUAGAUCACAUAGAAGUAGUAUAUUCAUGCGAAUAUGGAAGAUUGACUACAGUUUAUUAAGGGACUUAGGUAUUUAACAUAUACUGUAACAUGUAUGAUACGGAAUAUUCAAAAGAAAAACGAAUGUAAGUUGUUAUGUGUUUUAAUAUCCAAAGAGGUGACCAUUAAAUAUCUAGAUUCUUAAA